AUGAAACGACGCGCCGUACGAUAUCUUCCUGAAGAAAUCAUCAGAAACAUCCUCAGGCGACUUCCGGUAAAAUCCCUAAUUCGAUUUCAAUGCGUCUGCAAGCAUUGGAAAAAUCUCAUCAAGAGCCCAUCUUUCAUUGCUGACCAUCUUCACCACUCCAAUCAUCAAAACCCUCUUCUUCUUUUUGACUAUAGAGACCACAACAGGGCUAUGAACUUACGUUUGCUUGAAUGCGAGAUGCAAUUUCAUGGAGUCCAGAAUGAAGCUUCGGUGGAUUCACAUGCUACUUGGAUCAUCGUCUUUUUUAUUGUGGAAUAUAAUCCAGCUACCAGAGAGGCGAGACAGAUUGUCAUUGAUUAUUUAAAGUGCUAUCGCUAUACAAGGUUUGGCUUCAGUCCAAUUCUUAAUGAUUAUAAGAUAGUGAUAAUUUUUCCGCAUAUUUGGGAUGAUCCAGCGCUAGUGUAUUCAGUAAGCUCAAGUUCAUGGAAAAAAGUAGAUUGUCUGUUCUUAGAACACUUGAACCUUAGCUAUGAAAGUUUCUGUGUUAAUGGAGUUAUAUUUUGGAUUGGAAAAAUCGAUGGUGAGGAUCACUAUACUAUGCUCUCAUUUGACAUGGCAAUGGAAUUAUUUACAUUAACACCAUUGCCUCCAAUAAUAAGCCAUCCUGAAAGAAGAAUAAGGCUUACUGUGUAUGAGAAAAAACUUGCUGUGCUCUCUCUUUUUGUCAGUGAAAACCAGAAUUCUUUUGUGAUUGAUUUAUGGCUGAUGGAGGAAGGUACAGUUACAACUGCGGAGAGAUGGAAUUGGAUGAAGAAAUGUACUAGCAACCCUUUAACUACAUCGCUUGCACCACGUGUAUGUCCAAUGGCUAUUUGGGGGAAUGAAAUUAUCUGCAUUGCAAUUGGUGGGGAUGAGACAAAAAAUUUUCUGAUCAACAUCACUACUAAUGAAUUUAAUAGGGUUCGUUGCCACUUUUCCAACUUUCAUCUGCGUCGUGUUUUCAAUUAUGUGGAAAGCCUUGUAGGUACAAUGUUUGUGUAGGGUUAAACUAUUCUAUCUCCAUACAAUCUAAAGGUAUUGUUGAUGGCAUUUUCAAUUAUUCGGAAAGCCUUGUAAUUGAGUGUGAGAAGAAAGCAAGUGAAGCAAAUUUAAUUUAUAUGUGUUUUUUUUAAUUUUAUUUGA